AGAAAGGAGUUUAAAGGAAUCAAAGUCUCCAAAACCUUAUUUACUUUUCCUUUUUUCUCAUCUUUUUGGUCACCCCCUUUUCUCAUCCUACUACCCACACAACCCCAAACACACCCAUACCAAUACCAUCUUCAAGUGUCAUUUUCUCACAUAUACUUCACACAAAAGAAACAACACCACCAUUUGCUUCAUACUCUGCCAGGCCAUUUCAUCUCUCUCUCUCUCUCUCCCUCUCUCUCUCACGUAUCUCAAAUCCCUACACACAACUGCUCUCUUCAAUUCUUCAUCAAAAACAAACCCAAAUUUCCUCUCUCUCUCUCUCUCUCUCUCUCUCUCUCUCUCUCUCUCUUUCUCCAGCUGAAAAUCAAGAAACCCAUACUUUUUAGUAUUCAAACUGAUAAUUAACCUUAACCCAGGAUAAGUAAAAACCUAGAUAGGGAGGAGGAAUAAGGAGGAGGAAUUCUGGCUGUGCUUGAAUAGUAGUUGGAGGAAAGGAGGAUAGGAGGAGGAUGGAGUUAUUCCCAGCACAGCCAGACUUAUCCUUGCAGAUCAGCCCACCAACAACCAAACAGCAGAAGAUAACAGAAGACAGUAAUCAUCAUGAGAUGGAUUUGGGGUUCUGGAAAAGAGCUCUUGACACCAAGAACCACUCUAUCCAAUCUUUCUCUAGCAACAAACCUUCUUGCAAUUUCGACCUUUCACUUUCUAAUCACCCAACCCAUUCUUCUUCUCCCCCUUCUAAUAACACCAACAUCUUCCAUUAUCAUCCUCCUAACACCAUCCACCAAAACAAUCUCUACUCUCAUCACCAUCAUCACCAUCUCUUUCAGCAUCAUCAGCAGCAGCAACAGCAGCAAACUGGGCCGGAUUUUGGGUUCUUGAGGCCCAUUAGAGGAAUCCCAGUCUACUACCAAACCCCUUCUUCCAAUUCCCCUCAUCCUUUCCCUUUUCCCCAUAUUCCCUUUGACAAUAAUAGUGUUACUGCUACAUCGUCAUCUUCUGGUGCCCACCAGCAUCAUCAUCAUCAGACCUCGGCGGGGCUAAUGCGGUCGAGGUUUCUGUCGUCGUCGAGGUUUCCGGCUAAACGGAGCAUGAGAGCUCCGAGGAUGAGAUGGACUAGCACUCUCCAUGCUCGAUUCAUUCACGCCGUUGAGCUCUUGGGUGGUCAUGAAAGAGCAACACCCAAAUCGGUUCUUGAGCUAAUGGAUGUUAAAGAUCUCACCUUGGCACAUGUUAAAUCCCAUUUACAGAUGUAUCGCACGGUAAAGACUACAGAUAAAGCAGCAGCAGCUACUUCAGGCCAAUCGGAGGUCUUUGAUAAUGGGUCGUCUGGGGAAACAUCUGAAGACUUGACGCUUGACAUUCGAACCUCAAGGAAGUCUGAUGAAUUCUCAGUUCAACAGCGAAGAACAAAUAUUCAUAGUAAUCAAGACAAUAUUGAUAAUUAUCAUCAUGCGCUUUGGAGCAACUCAUCGAGUAGGGAAAGUUGGCUGCAUUCCAACCCAAGUCACAAUAGAGGGAACAUGCCUUCUCUUGAGAAAGACAUGGAAGCAAAGUGUUUGAGCUAUGAUAGGGUAUCAGCAGAGGUGAGCUCAUCAACCAUAACAGAGACAAGCCCAAAGAAGCCAAAUCUUGACUUCACUUUAGGGAGGCCCUCAUCAUCAGAUCAGCUCUGAAACAAAGUAUCAUCAUAAUCAUAAUCAUAAUAAUAUAAUAGAAGAAGAAGAAGAGUAGAAUAUCUUCUAUGUCUUGGUGGGUGCAAGAAUUGAAGUAUGUAGUGUAGUAGAACUACUCAUUUUGAAAUCAUUAUAAUCUUUUGACUGAUGGGGGGACUGGUGAAAAGAGAAUCAGGUGCCCACUCAUAAAAUCAAAGUAGAGCACAAAAAGUUUUAUAUAAAAAUAAAAAAGAAAAAAAGAAAAAAGAAAAAGACAAGGAAAGGAAAGAGAGGUAAAGAAAGACAAGGAGACAACAAAGACAGAAAGCAACAAAAGGAGAAAGGUGGAAUUUGAAAAAAAGGGAUGUCCUUAGUCCUUCCCAUUCUUUUACUCUCAUGCAAUCGGGACAUAAAUUGUUGUUUAUUCUCGUUACAAGUAGCUCUCUUUACCACCUCUAAUUAAAUCAAUUGUAUUAUUGUAUUACUAUACUAUUCCUUUCCAGGAAAAUUUAUAAAAAAAUGCUAUUUAUUUUUGUU